GGCGUGAGGAAUAACCGACCCGUUUGUAAAUUGUUAGUGAGAUGCUCAUAUGGAACAAGCAGAAUAAAAUCUCUGCAAAACCACAUCGAGCUCUCUCGUCCCCAACCCUGCGGUCACCCUCUCACCGGAAUCACCAUUUCUGCGAUCAUCGCUUGCAUCUAUCUGUAUUAUUAUAUUAUUUAUAAUAUAUUCGCUACCUUCAGAUAUAGGGUUAGGGUUUCAAGCUAGGAAUUGAGUGUUCUUCUAACUACUAUUCGGGUCGCUUCAUAAAUAAUCUGUACAAUGUACGCUGAUCGAGUGGAGGCUGGAGCGAGGGUCUCAGUAAGGGACAGGCUCAACGGCAACGCAGUCGGUGGUUCUGCUCGCAGGCGACAGAUCACUGGCAAGAGACUCAGGGAAGACGAUGACAAAUGGGAGCAUGACCUAUAUGAGCCUGAUGAACCUCAAAUAUCAAGUCGCAAACUUGGUGUAAAGGACCUUCGUCUUAAGCUGCAGAAAAGAAGUAAUCAAGAAACUUCACAAAGUCUGAACAGAUCCGUGUCAAGAGGUAUGAGGGAUCUACGGGAAAAGCUCUCUGGUACAAUGUAUUCUGAAGCAGGAGAGGUCAAUCCAUCUAAACCAAAGACAAAUCCAGCACCUGAGGUCAGUAAACCUGUUAGGAAAAGUGUCAUUGCUGAAGCUCCUGUAUUGGAAACAAAGAAAGUUGCCAGCACAAUUUCUAAGAAGAAGAGUCAGCAGAAGGGUGAAUCAGUGGGUAGUUUUCUGCAGUCCCUAGGUCUUGAAAAAUAUGAAAUUACAUUUCAAGCUGAAGAAGUUGAUAUGGCUGCCCUUGUACACAUGACAGAUGAAGAUCUCAAGGCAAUGGGAAUACCAAUGGGUCCAAGGAAGAAGAUACUUCUGGCAUUGGAGUCUAAACGCUGAGAGUUGCAGUUAGUAAGUAACUAGGUUUACCGGGUUGUAUGGUGCACCAGUUUUGUUUUCUGUAACUGUACAAGUACCUUUUCUGGGAUCAUUGGAAGUGGUCUCCAUGAACAACCAUUUUAGCAAGGAUAACCUCAUCAACUGGGAAAUUUUUAUUUAUUUAGUCUAUUUUUUUAGCAUUUUGUCACUUUUAUAGCUUUAUUGUGUAAGCAGCAGGAUGUUAAAUGUUAUUCGCUUACUGUGUA